UUGAGUGUCAUUUCCUCGAUGCAUUCAUCAAAUUAUGGGUGCGUUUUUAAUCAGCUAAAAUUUUAUGAUAAUUUGAGGUUACGUCCUUGACAUUUGCCAAUGAUUGUAAAGGUUAUGUUCUUCAAACCCACCGAACAACAUGAAAACAACUUAAGUCGUCACUCAUGAAGUCUCAUUAACGUUAAUAACGCAUCCCGACACACGAUGUUUGCGAUAAAAGCGACAAACAAACUCCUAAAAGUGAUUUCAUUACACACACCAAAAAGUAAGGUUAGGUUUCUGCAUCCCCCAAUUUUCUCACUUCUGCGUCAAAACACCCGCUGCCUCUACACACCAACCACCACCUCGGACAAGAAAAAUGAAAAACUCGCUGCUAGACUCGUCGCCGGGGCCCCCACGUCCGUGCAGCCCUACUUGAAGCUAAUGAGACUUGAUAGACCUAUUGGCACAUGGUUGUUGUUCUGGCCUUGCGGAUGGGGCAUAGCCUCAGCGGCCCCCGCCGGUUGCUUUCCUGACCCCUACAUGCUGGCUUUGUUUGGGACUGGAGCUGUGAUUAUGAGAGGAGCGGGGUGCACGAUUAACGACAUGUGGGACCGCGAUAUUGACUCGAAAGUGGCUCGAACUAAAGACCGACCGUUAGUGAGUGGUGACGUUUCCAUGAAAGCCGCUUGGGUGUUCCUAGCCGGUCAAUUGAGUCUAGGUUUAGGUGUGUUGUUGCAGUUGAAUUGGUACAGUGUUUUCCUUGGAGCGAGUUCCUUGGGUCUAGUCAUCACGUACCCCCUUAUGAAACGGUUUACUUAUUGGCCGCAGUUCGUGUUGGGGCUGACGUUUAAUUGGGGGGUUCUUUUAGGGCAUAGCGCCAUCAAGGGAUACGUGGAUUUGCCGAUUUGCUUGCCGUUGUAUGUAGCUGCAGUUUGUUGGACGAUUAUUUAUGACACCAUUUAUGCGCAUCAGGACAGAGAUGAUGACUCUAGGUUGGGGAUUAAGUCGACGGCGCUUAAGUUCGAUAGAGAUACGAAGUUGUGGCUGAGUGGAUUCAGUGCUGUGAUGAUGGGGGGAGUUGUGGCUUCAGGGAUUUUGAAUGAAAUGGCAUGGCCGUACUACGCUUCUGUGGCGCUAGUGGGGACGCAUCUAGUGUCUCAAUUGACCACGCUCGAUAUUGAUAACGCCAGUGAUUGUUCGAACAAAUUUAUUUCGAAUGCGCAAGUCGGGCUUAUACUGUUUUGUGGUAUAGUCUUGGGGACUGUGUUCAAGAAGAAUAAGGACAAAAAUGACACUAAAGCUAUCAUUCCGCUUGUAUCUUAAAAUCUUGAUUGUUAAUAAAGAGUUACCAAUUGA